UUGUCCGCGUCUCGCGCUGUGGGAAAUAAUUUUAAACGUGUGAUUGGUUUUGUGUGCGGUCUAAUCAGAGACGUGGUCCGUGCGUUGUGUAUUAAUCGUGCCCCACCUCAACUCAAAGCCUUGGCACGCGCUGGAAGAUGGAUCCACGGAAGCAGAUACGAGCAGUUGCAACGUGCCCGGUGUCGGCGGUCGGUAUACUACUGUCAGUAUGGAAAGUUUCAGCGGCUGUCCCCGCCCUGAAAACCGAGUUUGGUGUCGAGCCACUCUGGAAUAUAUGGAGGCGCCGGAGGACCAGUGGAAGGUGUCAUCCAGAUGACAGCCUCACAAUUCGCAGCCUUUGUGCUCUCCAUCAGAAACCCAUCAGGGGCAAGCCACUUAUGUUUGCCUUCAGACAAGACAACAUUGAAGCAGGAUUCCAGCACAGCCAUCUCCUGCACUUAUGGUCAAGAUGCUCAGACAAUGGAGUCCCUGUUCCUUGUGGUUAACCGUGAACAGUAUUCUCGCUUUUAUGAAAGCUAAAGGUGAUUUCCUGCAUAAAUUAGAAUUUUGCAGCUCAAAUGUAUACACUUUAUUCUAAUUUGAAUCAACUAAUAUAUGCUGUUUAAUACUUUUAUACUGUUUGAUACAAUCAUUUCUUGUUGGAAAAUAUUAAGCAUGAUGUUUAACAUUUAUUUAUGCAUUACUGGCUGAUGCAUGAUGGCCUGUGUUUAAAAAAUGUGAACUCACACAUUUGAAGCUUCAUUCAGUAACCAGAGUAUGGCUGAUUUAAUAAACAUUAUUUGCUCAUUUAUGUACAAGCCCUAAUCUUCCAUUAUCGCACCAAGUACAAAUAAUUUAGAAAUUGGCAAUGUAUCAUCCGCAUGUGGCCAGUAGAGUACCUUAAUGAACAGUGGUUUGUUUUUAUAAGGCCGCCAUUGAUACGGCACUUCGCACCUAAACAGUAAUAAAUCUGGCAUAUUAGGCUGUCUUGCAGUAGAAAAAAAAACAUUUUCAAGCAACAUAUUUUAUAACAGACCAUGCAUUGCCUUCGCAUUACAAAAUUUAAGGAAACCAGAAUUGUAAUUGGAAAAUCUGCUACACAGCAUUUUUAGCUCAGAGAACUCUAUUUACAUUUAAAAAAAUGAUUUAGGUGGGAAAAAAAUUUUCUUGCUCAAGGAAUCUUGUUGAGGAGCGAAAAUUCAUCUUGAUGCUCCUGGAUCAAACCUUAUUUAAAGCAAGUUCAUGUGUGAAACAUACGGUGUUUCAGUAUAUCAAAAAUGUGCGCCAGUCAAGCUUUAUAUCGACUUUCCAAAUCAGCUUUUCACAAUGAUUUGCCAUGACAUUGGUGUACAAAAUAACAGGGUGUGUUUCUUGUGUGCUUGCUCUGCAUUUCAUGUACUUCCCUAAUUGACCUUUGCAAUAUAUAUAUUUUUUCAAGGCCACCAAAACUAGAAUUUUUGUACCUGAAAUUUAAUAUUGAAAAUUUAUUCCUUUAAGUGGCACCAAACAGGCUGUUUUAGGGUUACCAUAUAUACAGGUUGUUUCAGUUAACUUAAGCUAAACAUUAAAUAAAUGCAAAUGCUACGUAGCUGGACAGAACCAAGGUAAUGUUGUUCGCCGUCGCUUGGAGAUACUCAGACUAUUUUUUGUACUCGGCCUAAUUCGAUAAUUAGACCUAAUUAUUUAUUCAACUUCUCAAUUAUUAUAAUUAGAUGAAAAGUGUCAAUGAGUAAAUUGUAGAGCAACAUGAGAAACUCCCAAUACAGCUUUCUGUUGCUCAAUACGUGCAACAUAAAAUGGUUUUUCCGAGCGUGAAAGAAGCCCGUGAAUAUACGCAAAAUUUUCGUCCGACUGGCCGCUCGAGGCACUUUAUGUGUAUUCGCGGGCAUCUUUCACGCUCGGAAAAACACUUUUGUGUUGCACGUAUUGAGCAACAGAAAGCUGUAUCGGGAGUUUCUCAUGUUGCUCUAUACAAUCUUCUAAUUGACACUUGUCAUCUAAUUAUAAUAGUUGAGAAGUUGAAUAAAUAAUUAAGUCUAAUUAGGCGGAGUACAAAAAAUUGUCUGAGUAUCCCCAAGCGACGGCAAACAAUAUUACUUUGGUUCUGUCCACCUACGGAGCAUUUGCAUAUUUUUAAAGUUUGUCCCAAGUUAACUGAAACACCCUGUAUAUAGGACAGAUUUGAUCAGUUAUAUUAAAAAAACAUUUUUGUAGGAAAUGUAAAUUUUCAUGUACUUACAAAUGUAUUUGGUGAUUGCACAUUUUAGGUUGUUAUGUAUGUAUUAUGUAGUUAUGUAUUCUAGCAUGGAAUAAAUAUAUUUACUUUCCUUGAAAAUGCAGUAUCGUAUAUGUCUUGCUGGUUCGUAUUACAUUUUAUAUGGAUAUGUAAAGCGUAAUAACCAUUGAUGUAGAUAUACACGCUCAGAAGUUAUAGUUUGCUAGGUUGCAUUUGUGCAGUGAAGACAGGUUUUGCCCUGAAUUACUAAUAUUUAUUGUCAUCCACACGUAUAAAUGUUGUGUAUGCCUAUCGAAACUUCAAGCUUGGCUAUCGGACGCCGUGCUUGGUAGCUGAACUUGAACCUUCUGGCACACACGAGUUAUGCCUGGAUCGCUCUAUAUAGUCAUAAUUCAAGGUAUGUACAGCUGAGCCUGCCUUCCCUAUACUGUAGAAAUAAAGGGUGUACACCCUUUCAACACCUAUGAAAAUGGGUGUUAAUGAGGACUAACACCCUAACACCCUUCAUAAUUUUUGCUGGACACCCUUCCUCUAGGGUGCUAUAAUAGCACCCCAACUGUAGGGUGUAGGAAACAGCACCCUUAGGGUGUCCGUCUGGCGACAAACUGA